UUACGUCAAACGUCAGCUGAGGCUGACAUCCACUAAAAAUUAUAAAUAAUCAAUUUAAUUAAUUCGUCCAGGUUUAGGACACGUAAUUCUAAAACAAAAUCGGUAUUGUUGAAGAUUUCUUUCGCGGUUUUAAUUUGCUUUUUGAUAGUAAUGGAUAGUAACAAAGACGAAGCGCUGAGGUGUAUUGAAAUGGCCGAAAAAUAUAUCAAGGAAAGAAACAAGGAAAAAGCCCAGAAAUUUUUAGAAAAGGCCGAAAGAUUGUACCCCACGCAAAAAGCCAAAGAUUUACUACUACAUGUCGAAAUAUUGGCAUCUCGUGUUGAAACAGAACAACCGAGGAAAAGAAAUAUGCAACCGAAAACAGAGGAAACCACUAAAAAGCCCGAAUAUACCACUGAACAGGUCGAAGGUGUGAAGAGGAUAAGAAGCUGCAAGGAUUACUAUGAAAUUUUGCAAAUAAGUAAAGAUGCUACGGAUUCGGAAAUUAAAAAAUCCUACCGCCGAAUCGCAUUGCAGAUGCACCCUGAUAAGAAUAAAGCCCCCGGAGCCGAUGAAGCUUUUAAAGCAGUAGGCAAUGCGGUGGCAGUAUUAACAGAUCCUGAAAAGCGAAAACAGUAUGAUUUGUACGGUAAUGAAGAAGAUAGACCUCAAAGAUCACAUAAUUACAAUACCUAUAGUCGAGGUUUUGAAGCUGACGUUAAUGCUGAAGAACUGUUUAACAUGUUCUUCGGCAGCGGUUUUACCGGGUCAAAUGUGUAUGUUCGCCGUGGAGGUCGCUGGCAAAGGCAGACCACUGGUAGUCAACAAGAGCAUCGGCAUAGAGAGCAGCAAAACAGUUUUUCUGCGUUCAUCCAACUCUUACCCAUAAUAAUCGCUAUACUUUUAUCGAUGGCGUCGAGCUUCUUCAUCUCUGAUCCCGCUUACAGUCUUCAGGCGAACUCGAAAUAUCCGAUCAUGCGCAGAACGCAAAACAUGCAGAUUCCGUAUUAUGUCAAGGAAAAUUUCCAUUCGGAGUAUCAGGGUUCUGUGAAAAGGCUCGAGAUGUCAGUGGAGGAAGAUUACGUUACCGGCCUCAGACACCAAUGCUACAGAGAGAAAACCUACAGGGAUUCCAUGAUAUGGAAAGCGAGAAACUUUGGCGACAGGGACCUUUACCAAAACGCUCAAAAUUUGAAGAUGCCCUCGUGCGAUAAAUUGCAGGAUUUGCAAAGGACCCAUGGUUAAGUACAAUCAACAUCUAUUUUAAUGUAUUUAAACUAAACAUCGGUUAUUAAAUAAAUUUCCUUUUCCUACGCCACCGGCAAAUUUAGCAAUUUAAGCGGAUUUUUUGAGGUUAAAUAAACUUCUUAUGUUAAAUCCUCUACACUGUAUCUGGUGUGGCAAAAAAACGAUUUUUUUUUGGAUCUGAUACACAAAAAUUAAUUGCUAGUUACUUCUAGAAAGAAAGUACUUACCACGUAUGAAGAUUAUCCAGAUUACAAUUUUGCAUUUUCGAUUUAGUCUCGUAUGUAACUAAUCGUAUAUUACCACCAAUAGGUCAUCAAGCCAAUUUUAUUGAUAAUUAUUGUAGGAAAUUGAACGCUCAAUACACUUUUUCGAUAAAUCAAACCAUUUCAAAGAUAUUCGAGGUUAAAGAUUAAAGAAUUUAAAAAAAUAUAUCGUUUUGUUCUGAAUUUUGUUAUUGACUUAAAAAAAAAAAAAUUAGCGUGAAAUGUUUUCAAUUAUUCUUACCUAUAUAAACUAUAUUCAUAGUUUCUAGUAAAUGUAUUCAAUGUGUUUAUUAACUAGACGAGUUUUCACAACAUUCAUAAAAAAUUAAGUUUAUUUUGACAAAAUGACAGUGUCUAAAUUAUUUUUUACCGUUUGUUUAAGAGUAUAUUUCUUAAUGAUCAAAUUUCUAAUUAUAUUUUCUUUUAUAAUUUUACUUUAAUCACAAUUUAGGAUCAUAAUUGAAUAUUUUUUUUGUCUGGGAAUUUGGUUUCAAAAGAUUGGUGAUUCUGUUCAUUCAUUUCUUGUUAUGCUAGCGCUAUCUGUGGUUAUAUGUGCUUUCUAUGUCGCCUCAUAUAUCUUCUGUAACCUAUAACUGUAACAAAAUAAUUUAAAGCUAAGUUUUAAUAUAAUUACGCGAAUUGUGAAUUAUAUGCUAAUUAUUUAAUAUGAACAAAGAAAUAAUUCGUAAACCGAUGACAAAAAUUCUUGAAACAAAAUUACCAACGGUGAAAGAGGUUAUGUGUAUAUUUUUUUAACAACAUAAUUUCCUGAAAUAUUCCGUGAACCAAAUUGCUAAAAAUGUAGUAGAUCAAAUUAUGGAUCUAUGAAAAAAAUAUUCCAACUUCGGGUGCUGAUAAUGUAGUGAAAAGGAUUCUUCGAUGUCAUAGCAAAUGGUAAAGAAUUCAAAAAAGCUGCUAUCGUAAAAAAUCACCAGCACAAAAAAAUAGGAAUAGGAUAAGAUAUGAUUACUUAUAUAAGACUAAAUUCAAAUUGCAAGAUUGUAAUGAGGAUAACCUGUGCAUUAAUAUUAAGGGCUCAUAGGUGGUAAGUACUAUCUACAAUUUGUUUUUGGGUGUCAGUUAAAAAAAGUUUCCUUUGACCGACCCUAGUGGGCACCUAGAGAAAAAUUUUUUGAAUGUGGGAUGAGAUGUGUAUAUUGUUAAAGUUGUUUAUUCUAGUCAAAUUCUAUUUGUAAUGUUACUGGAUUAUUUUUUUCACAAUCAACUUUUUCCGCGCCGUUUGGAUGUUCUUGUGAAAGACGCGGCAAUAUAUAUUUAAUCAUAUUUUUCCGUGGAUAUUAUUAAAUUGUUAACUCGGUCACCUUUACAAAUAUUUUUAUUCACUUGUAGAACGUUUCAUGGUUUUGGCUGUAGCAUUUUAUGUGAUUAUUAAAUAAAAACAAGUG